AUGAUGAACUUCAAUGCUGCCCAGGGGUUCCGCAGCUGGGAUGUGGUGCAGUUGGCUAGAAUCGAGAACGGCAACCUCGGCAUCAUCAAGGGCCACAUCCGAGUGACUGCCUUGUGGAUGAGUGCGCUGGUGCACUACUUGUGCAAGACCACAGUGCCUGCUUUCCUCGUGACCAUGCUGCAGGCCGUCCCCGUGUCAAUGAAGCAGCCAAUGUCCUUUGGGCAGAUUUGUGCCCAAGGCCUGGGACAGAGCCUUGCCCUCUCACAAGCCUCAACAGUCAGCUGGAUCGAGGUUUUGAAGUUGGCCAAAUCCAAACACUUCGAGAACAUCAGCAAUUUGCAGUCCGAGAUCCGCCAGUCCUUUGCUGAAACGGAGAAAGCGUUCGACUGGGGAUCACUUUCCAAGUUUUGGCGGAAGAUUCCUCUGAAAGGAGUUGAACGGCUUGACUCCUGGGCGCAAGAGCACAACAUGGUGGAGGCGCCAGUCCCCAUGACAUGGUUUCGUGACCCGCGAUUUACGCUCAAGGGAGAGCGCAGCCGGUCUGAAAACAUCGAGACAGAGGAAGAAUGGAUCCUCAUGGUCAGUCGCUGGUGGCUCGGCCACACGUGCAUUCUAUGUUUCCAGCCCAGUUUCUUACUGCAUUGUGCAACGUUAUACACUUCCAGGCUCAGUGAGCUCAAGAAGUUGGCCGUGGAGAAGGGCCUCAUGCUCACCAACAAAAAGCAUCUUUACACCCUCCAACGGGCAGAUGGGUUGAACCUAGAAGCUCGCCUGCGCAUGCGAGCUGUGGCUAUCAAAUUUCUGAAAGGAAUGGCAACCGUCCACCAGGCCUAUCCCACUGUGGACUUCUCAAGCCUAACGCUAUCCCUUCAGUCCGGGAAGUUGGACGCCAUUGUCUACAACACAGCAUUGCCAGUGUGUGGCAAGUCAUGGAGCUUUGUCCGAGCCCAGGUCAGUGAACAUGAAGCCAGUGAGAAGAGCAAGGCAAAAGCCAUGGCCGAAGUAGAGCUCCAACAAGCAGUUGAGACGAUGGGUAAGGCAGAUCAAUUGGCUGAGGACAAGCAGUGGAAGGCCGCUGUGAGCCUCUACACUGCCAGUCUGCGAGCCAACCAUGCUACUUGCGUGGAAGUGGUUUCAAGGCACGAAGCCAAGCUGGCCCGAGUCCUCCAAGAGAAGCAGCAGAAGCUAGCCCAGGCCAGGGCCAAUGCAAUUGGCAGGGCGGUUGCGGCAGUGCCCUUUACAAAGUUGGCCGAGACCCUUCUGUCAAAGCGCCGUGACCAGCCAGUCCUGAUCUUGUGCGACAUGCAGACCAUGCCUGAAGAGGUCUUGACUGAUUGUUGCCGGCUGUGUGAGCCAGCAGGAGCUGUGCUGAUCAUCUUGCCCGGGCUAUUCAAGGCUAAUGCCAUGGAGACCCAUAUGGCUGGCACCCUGAAGGAGACAGGCAACACGCGGGUGCACUUGGGCAUCCUGUCACAGGGACAGUGGUCAUCUGCCAGCCUCUUGUUUUCCCAUGCCACAGCAGACGCAGCUAGGGCAGCCAGUCCAUUGCUCAAGGCCAUCAUGGACAGCCAAGCUCUGGCCAGAGGCAGCCUGACCCUCGAUCAGGACCCUGUGCGUCGAUUUCAUCAAACCCUUGCGCAGCUCGGCGUAGACCACCUCUGUCACGAGUCGGCACUGGUCCUUUAUGAGCCACAGUCUUCGGAGACACUUCUGGGGACAGUCCUGGGCAAGAUCCCCAUGGUUGUCGUCACCGAGAACAAGUCAACCCAGACGGCACUUGCAACAAUGGAAGCUGACUACAUCCAGCGGCAGUCCAGCCUCAACAAAACCAAGAGUGAGGCAACAAUUGCCUUUGAGGAAGUUAUUGCCGAAUUCCCGGCCAUGCCUGCUGUGCCCAAAGUUUUGGACAGCCUACGGGCGUGCAGUGGCAAGGUGGCAUAUGACCCUUGUAUACUGCUGGAGCCAGUCAUGAAUGUCAGGCCGGAUGUGAGGCCACUCCCUGUGCCAGACAUUGAGCCCAUGGCGAUUCAGCUGGUUCGCCAGUUCAAGUCUGUGUUCGUGGCUGAAUCCAUCAUGGUGCCAGGCGAGCAUGGACUGUUUGCAAUGGUGGACUUUAACCCGGGAGAUGUGGUCUUGGUCCCACAGCAGAACUGGCAGGUGCAUGACUCCUUCGCCGAUGCCAGUGAUGACAGUGCUACUCCACAGUUUCCGGUCUUGGUUGUACCAGUUGUGGAUGGCUUGGGCCGCAGCCGAAGAUUUGCCUUGAAGGCAACAGGGACGGAUCUGUGGCGGUUCAUAAAUUCAUCGGUCUCCGAGGACGGUUACCCCGCAGUUCCCAGCAAUGUGCAAGCAAUUUUUCCGUCAGGUCCAACCGAUGUCCCAGCGCCUGGAAUCUUCAUGAAGCUGGUGGCCACAGCUCCUAUCGCGUGUGGUCAGGAGAUCCUGUGGCACUACCAGCUGAGCGCCUCACAUCAUGCCAAACCGGAGAUUGUCAACAUCAAGUAUUUCUAUGAUGUGCGCAGCGCCGGUACCAAGAUUGCUGCAAGAGGCAAAGCUGGGGCAAAGAAACCGGUUUGCAGUUCCAAGGCCCCUGCCAAACCACAGGCAGAAGUCCAGGCAGCGGUAGUAGCAGAGGUGUCUGCCAAGGCCCUUGCCAAACCACAGCCUGCUGCUACAGAAUUCCAGGCAACGCGAGUAGCAGAGCUGUUCGUCAAGGCCCCUGCCAAGCCCCUUGCCAACACAGACCCCGAGAAGCAGGCCAGUGUGACCGAUGACUGCGAUGAGGGUUCAGAUCCUGAAUUGAUGGCACUCCUGGACAAAAUAGCGGACGAACCAUGUGAGAAGCUCAACGAGGGGGAGGAGGAGGACACCAGGGGUGACAUGGAUGAGGACACCAAGGGUAACAUGGAUCAGGACACCGCCGUGGUGCCAUAUGACGGCAAAGGCACAGUCCUGAAUGAGUCAGCAGAUUGGCAGGUUGUCCUGGGCGCGGAGAACUCCUCCCUGCGCAUCUUCACAAAGACGAAGACGAGGCGCAUGCCCAAGAACACCAUCUUCCUCACCUUCGAUGCCGCAAAAGGAACCUUCCACACGGAGGCUGCUAGCGAUGACCGGGGUGCAUGGAUGGAAGCCAGCAAAUCUGCCACAGUGUUCUUCAAGAAAGAGAUCGUCAAGAUGAAGGUUGUGGGCAGCAACUUGAACAUCCAGCGAAUCACUCAUAUGGACUACAACGAUGGAUUCCAGUUACAGACUGGUGAAACUGGCAGCGACUGGCACUGCGCCCGUGACAGGCUUUCAGUUCAGCCCCUUGGAUCUGAGGUGAAGGCUGUGUUCGACCUCGCAACGAACCUCCCAUCGACGCCCUUGACAGCAAUCUUCGAAUUUGAGGCAGUGAAGCUGACACCUGCGGAGGAGAUGGCGGCCAAGAAACGAAAGAUGCAGGAUGGGUAUAGAUUGAAUCCAAUCAAGGUGCAUCUGCUGUGCGAGAAAUGCUUUAUCUGCUCACCGAAGCAAACAUGA